AUGAACGAAGCACUGGAUACAAUUAUCCUUAAUUCAUUCCGCAUUUCACUUGCUAUAGCUCUCAUCAUCAUUAUCUACAAAAGGGCUUCAGCAGUACAAACAAUCAAUCCAGACUUGAAAAAGUUGAUACACAGAUAUUUUUCUUGCUACAUUGCAUUAUUCUUAGCCGCAUUCAUUCAAAUGCCAUACAGAUGCCAUCUUCUUCUCAACAAAGGUCUUACACAUGCACAAAUAUCAGAAAUUUUCGGAAUUGCAAAUAUUUUCGUCGCAUUAUGGAAUUUAUUUAUGCCAAUUGCUCUUAAAAAGCUUGGACACGCAAAUUUAUGCAUUAUCGUUGCAUUAUCAUACUUCUUUAAUGCAGGAAUUCUUGCUUUUGGAUCACAAUUCACUCAUUUUGCAAUUGCCGGAUGUUUACAAGGUCUUACAAUGCCAACAGCCAUGAUGGCUCUCAUGGACUACUGGAUGACCGAAGAAUUACUUCUUCCUCAAAAUUCGAACGCAAAUUACAUAUUUAACGAGCAGAGAGUCGCAAUGUCUCUGUUCAUGUCAUCAUCCUCAUCAAUGAUAAGCAAUGCUGUUGCUCACAAUUGGGGUGUAGAAGCGAUUUUUUCGUUUACUUUGUCUAUUCCAUUGGCUUCCAUUAUUUUACUUGUCUCAUUGCUCCAUGUUAAAGAGAAACCAGAAGAAAAGUCAAUUGGUGGUGAUUUUUCGAAAUUAAAGCUUUGGUUGACCGAAUCUCCAAAAAAUAUAAUUAUAAUUUUCACAGAAAUCGCAUUUGCGUCAUCAAUCAUAUCGUCAUACAUCAUAUGUCGGCGUUUCUAUUCACUCCUACUUACAAACCAUCAAUGGGAUACGUACAAGGCGUUUACGGAGUUUUCGACAUAA